CACGGGUAACUCUAUCAAACCCCUGCCCAAUCUGCCCGCCUGCCCGCCUCUGCUCUUCCCAAGUACCAAGUACACCUUUCCCUUUGCCGUCUGGCGAACCCUCUCUCUCUCACGACAUGUCAUUUCUCUCUCUCUAUCGCUCUACAUCUCUCUGUUUCUCUCUCUAGAUCGUGCCCGAUAGGCGGCUCGUUCUCUCUCACUCUCUCUCUUCUUUGUUCGGUCUUUAGCGGAUCUGAAAUGGUGGUUCCGGGCUCGAAUUAGAUCGAUGCGGCUAGGAUUGGGAGUUUUGGGAUUAGGGUUUUUGCGAUUUUGAUGAGGCAAAGGUGGGUUUGGAGGCGAUCUGGGUUUUGGUGAAUUGUCGGGUUUUUAUUGUUGUUGUUUGGAAGAGGGGAAUUUAGGGUUUGGGAUUGAUGGUUGUCGAGGCGAAAAUUGGGGAAGAUGCUAGGGUAUUAUGCAUGGGCGGGGAGGUGAAAUUCGGAAACGGAGUCGGCACAUGUGGUCGGUCCCCUCGCGCGGCACCACAGUGACGAGGACUGUAGCCGGUGAUUCUUCAGCAUCUACGCUCGAUUCCUUCUGCAAGGAUGGUCACAAGAUUAGUGUAGGUGAUUGUGCUCUUUUCAAACCGCCCCAGGACUCCCCUGCUUUUAUUGGAAUAAUCCGCUGGCUGUCAUUAAACGAAGAAAACAAUCUACAGUUGGGUGUGAAUUGGCUGUACCGGCCUGUUGAAGUAAAGCUUUGCAAGGGCAUCCUGCUGGAUGCCGCACCAAACGAAGUCUUAGAAAAUCCCUACUCUUAUUACAUUCCUGCUGCAUCAUUACUCCAUCCAUGUAAAGUUGCAUUCCUUCCUAAAGGUGUUGAACUUCCGUCAGGGAUAUCCUCAUUUGUCUGCCGUCGAGUUUUUGACCUUGCAAACAAGUGUUUGUGGUGGUUAACUGAUCAAGAUUAUAUUGAUGAGCGACAGGAAGAAGUAGACAAGCUGUUACAUAAAACACAAAUAGAGAUGCAUGCAACAGUGCAGCCUGGUGGCCGUUCUCCAAAACCAAUAAAUGGCCCUACACAGUUAAAACCUGGUUCUGAUAAUGUACAGAGUGCCACUUCCUUUCCUUCUCAUGCCAAGGGGAAGAAAAGGGAGCGGACAGAUGGAUCUGAGCCUCUCAAACGAGAUCGUUCCUCAAAGACGGAUGAUGGUGACUCUUAUCAGUUUAAAUCUGAAAGCACUUUGAAAUAUGAGAUUUCUAAGAUAACAGAAAAGGGUGGGCUUAUAGAUCCAGAAGGGGUGGAGAAACUAGUUCAACUUAUCCAGCCUGAUAGAUCUGAGAGGAAGACGGAAUUGGUUAGCCGGUCAAUGCUUGCAGGUGUAAUAGCAGCUACUGAAAAGUUUGAUUGCCUUAAUCGGUUUGUGCAGCUCAAGGGUUUGCCUGUGUUAGAUGGAUGGCUUCAAGAUAUCCAUAAAGGGAAGAUCAGUGAUGGUAGUCCCAAGGAUGGUGAUAAAUCUGUAGAGGAAUUUCUCUUGGUUUUGCUUCGUGCUCUUGAUAAGCUGCCUGUAAAUCUUCAUGCCCUACAGAUGUGUAACAUUGGCAAAUCAGUGAAUCAUUUACGUUCACAUAAAAAUGUUGAAAUUCAGAGAAAAGCAAGAAGUUUAGUUGACACAUGGAAGAAACGCGUUGAGGCUGAAAUGAAUGUUAUUGAUGCGAAGUCAGGUUCAACUCAAGCUGUUUCAUGGCCUUCCAGAACACGUCUUCAUGAAGUUUCUCAUGGUGGGAACCGACAUCCUGGUGGGUCCUCUGAGGUUGCUAUGAAGAGCUCUGUUACACAGAUUUCUGCAUCUAAAGCUGCUUCAGUUAAACCUGUACAGGGUGAGAUCACUUCCAAAUCAACUUCCUCGUCUCCUGGGACAAUGAAAUCAGCAGUGUCACCUCCUUCGGGUAAAGAUGCUAAUCCCAGAACAACAGUUGGAAGCUCCUCCGAUCUUCCUUCAACCACUGCAAGGGAGGAGAGGAGCAGCAGUUCAAGUCAGUCUCUCAACAACGGUCAAUCUUGUUCAAGUGGCCAUGCCAAAACUACGGUUUUCUCAGGAAAAGAAGAUGCGAGGAGUUCUACUGCAGGGUCAAUGAGUGUGAAUAAGAUAUCUGGUGGUUCUUCUCGACAUCGGAGGUCAAUCAAUGGAUUCCCUGGGCCUGCUGUGUCUGGAGGUCAAAGGGAAACUGGGUCAAACAGAAAUUCAUCACUGCACAGAAAUUCUGCUUCUGAAAAAUGUGGCGAGGCUGGGUUAACAUGUGAAAAGGUACUUGAUGUGCCUGUUGUCGAGGGGAAUACUCACAAGCUGAUCGUUAAGAUACCAAACAGAGGCCGUAGUCCUGCACAAACUGCCAGUGGAGGAUCUGUUGAUGACCCGUCCAACAUGAACAGUAGAGCUUCUUCCCCUGUUUCAGAGAAGCAUGAUCAAUCUGGUCUCAAUUCAAAGGAAAAGAGUGAUCCUAAUCGAGCUAAUACCUCUGAUGUGAAUACAGAAUCAUGGCAAAGUAACGAUUUUAAAGAAAUGUUGACUGUGUCUGAUGAAGGUGAUGGGUCACCUGCUGCUAUUCCUGAAGAAGAGCAAUGCAGAACUGGUGAUGACGCUGCCAAAUCAGCUGAAGUCUCAAGACCUGCUUCCUCGUCAUCAGGGAAUGAGUUGAAGUCAGGGAAAUUGCAUGAGUCUUCUUUCAGCUCUAUAAAUGCUUUAAUUGAAAGUUGUGUCAAAUACUCUGAAGCAAAUGCAUCUAUGUCAGGUGGAGAUGAUGUCGGAAUGAAUCUGCUCGCUAGUGUUGCAGCUGAAGAAAUGUCCAAGUCUGAUUUGAUGUCACCAACUGAUUCGCCAGGGAAAAACUCCCCUAUGGUUGAGCAAUCUUGCUUGGGAGAUGAUGCCAAAUCAAAAUCAUCACAUGGAAAUAGCCAUACUCAAGAGCAAGGUCUGUCUGCAGAUGGUGCUGUUGGUGACAUAGAGAAGCCCGGUCUUAUUGCUGGUGCUGCAUCAUUGUCCAGGGAUGGGUUACAUCAUCCAUCCAAACAGGCCUCUAGUGACAUCUCUGGAGAGGGCAAUGAAUAUAAUUCUUCCAAUUUGGAUUUGGAGCCAGCUGCAGAACCUUGCCCGGAGAAAAAUGAAAGAUCAGAUGAAAUGAGAGGUGCUGCUUCUGUGGCUCUCUCUCCAGCCAGUGCAGCAGUGAAGGUAGAUGGUGAAGCAAGUAAACAACUUGAUGAAAAGGUGUCAACCAUCAUCAGUGCAAGCAUUCAGGAUGCUAAGCUGAACAGAAGCUGUUCUUUGUUGAUGGAUGAUAAGGUCAAUGAAACCCUUUCAAGUGUAAAAGUUGAGAAAGAAGCUGUUGGAGGUUCAUCAUCACAUGCAUCAUUAGAAAUCGGUGGUGAGAACAAAAAUAAUAUGAAUGAAGGAUUUAAUGGUGGUGAUCAUCCAGAGCAGAAACCACCUCCAGCGAAGGUGAAGUCUGAGCAUUUAGAAAGAGGUGAUGCAGAACUGCUACAUACUUCUGGUUCUAGUAAAUAUCUCCCUUCAGAAAAUGUCGAUGAACUAAAGAGUGGAAAAGCUGAUGAAAUGGACACCAGAAGUCAUGGUAGUCAUGCUGGAAAACAAAAUAUUCAUCAUGGUACCAACUGUGGUCCAACUAAUGAAAAUCAAGUUUUAGCUACUCUGGGAUCAGUUGUUAGUAACCUGAAGAGUAAGGGCAUGGAUACAAAUGUUGAAAGUAAAGAUGUUCUCAAGCAGUGUUCUGGUGGAGUGGUUCCUCAAAAGGAGUCACAGGGAUCCAAGAUGACUGGUGUUGAGGCUGAAGACACAGAGGACAGUGCAUCCACUGCAGCUGAUGCUUCUUCUAUCCCUGCUACUGGGGCAUCAGCCACGUCUACAAAGUUAAAGUUUGAUUUAAACGAAGGAUUUGUUGCAGAUGAAGGAAAAUAUGGGGAACCCAUCAACUUGGCUGGUCCUGGAUAUUCAACUUCUCAUUUAAUUAGCCCGUUGCCAUUUUUUGUCUCUUCAGUAUCCAGCAGCCUUCCUGCUUCCAUUACAGUGGCUGCUGCUGCAAAAGGGCCGUUUGUUCCUUCGGAGGAUCUGUUGAGAAGUAAAGGGGAGCUUGGAUGGAAGGGAUCUGCUGCUACAAGUGCAUUUCGGCCAGAACCCAGGAAGUUUCUGGAGAUGCCACUGGGUACUACUAGUAUCCCUCUUCCUGAUGCUACUGCGGUCAAACAUGGUCGACCUCUGUUAGAUAUUGAUUUGAAUGUGCCAGAUGAAAGAAUACUCGAUGACAUGGCCUCUCGAAGCUCUGCUCAGGAGACAGCUUCUACAUCUGACCAUAUAAGUAACCGUCGAAUGGCACAAAAUGAUCCAAUGGGUUCUGCACCUGUUCGUAGUUUUGGAGGUCUUGAUCUGGAUUUGAAUCUAGUUGAUGAGGCUAAUGAUAUGGGGCAGUACUCAACGAGCUGCAAUCGUAGACUGGAGGCCCCCCUUCUGCCAGUUAAGUCAUCGUCAUCAUCAGGUGGAUUUCCUAAUUGUGAGAUAAGGAGGGACUUCGAUCUAAACAAUGGGCCUGUCUUUGAUGAAGCAAAUGCUGAACCAUCCCCUAUUAACCAGCAUGCCAGAAGCAGCAUGCAAGCCCAGCCUCCUGUUGCUGGCAUCAGAAUGAAUAAUGCAGAAAUGGGAACACUCUCUUCGUGGUUUCCAACUGGGAACACUUGCUCUGGUGUUACAUUUCCAUCGAUCUUGUCUGACAGAGGGGAGCUGCCCUUCCCAAUUGUUGCCACUGGCGGGCCACAAAGAAUGUUGGGACCCCGUACUGGUGGAACACCAUUUACUCCAGAUGUUUACCGGGGUUCAGUGCUGUCAUCUUCUCCUGCAGUGCCCUUCCCAUCUACUCCCUUCCAGUAUCCUGUCUUCCGGUUUGGGACUAGUUUCCCUCUGUCCUCAGCCACUUUCUCUGGUGGAUCUACAACUUAUGUGGAUUCCUCUUCUGGUGGUAGGUUUUGCUUUCCAGCUGGCAAUUCGCAGUUAUUAGGCCCUGCUGCUACAGUUGCAUCCCAGUAUCCAAGGCCAUAUGUUGUUAGCCUUCCAGAUAGUAGCAAUAAUGUUGGUGUUGAUAACAGCAGAAAAUUGGGUAGGCAGGGUCUCGACCUCAAUGCUGGCCCUGUAAGUCUAGACGUAGAAGGCAGGGAAGAAACAUUACCUCUUGCAUCAAGGCAACUUUCUGUUUCUAGUUCACAGGUGCUAGCAGAGGAGCAAGCGAGGAUGUACCAGCAGUUGGCAGGUGGUAUUCCGAAGAGGAAGGAGCCGGAGGGAGGGUGGGAUACUGAGAGCUUUAGGUACAAGCAAUCCUCAUGGCAGUAAGCAUGCAGUUUACCCAGCCUAGCGACCUGUUCAAGGCUUCGAUGCCUGGUGGGCAAUGGCAAACUCCUGGAAACUGUCCAACUGGUGUCCUCUAAGAGGGUGAUGGGUGGUAAGCGAGUUAUUACAUGUGUUCAUAGUCUCCGACCCCCCAACCUCUUUCAGUGUGUCAGAUGUGCUGUAAAGGUAUCCGUCAUGGGGUCUGUGAGGUCUUUGUCCUUAGGGUUCUUUUUUUUAUUUUUUUGGGCGGCUGCAGAUCAUUUCCUGUUUGUAGAUAUGUUUUUAACUGCUGGACAAUGUACUUGGUGUUGCCCACACAUUCAGAAAUUUGGUGUCUAUAUUCCAUGAGACCCAACAACACCAUGGCAAAUCGAAAUGCCUCUGGUAGUGGAGGUUGGAUUCCUACACCACUUCAACCAAACACCCUUUUUGCUUUGCUGUUAA